AUGGCACCUUGUCGUCAGUUGCUUAUGUGGUCAGUACCUUCAAUAGCUGUCCUGUUAGGAAUCUUUUGGUUCAAGAAAAAGAGAGAAUAUGCGAAAUCUGACCCAGGUGGAAGAGAAAGAAUUAAAAGUCUUCAAGAAGAACUAGCAGAAGCUUUAAAUGCUGAAGCUGAAAUAAGGAGAUUAUCUCCCCUGGGCAAAGCUGACCGUUCUGUUAUAAAGUCUGCCCCUAUUGAUAUUAUUCCUAAUGGUUCUGGCUCACAACGGUCAUCACCAAUAGAAUUGACAGAUGAGGAGAUUGAUUUGGAGAUUGAAAGAAUUAUAAGGAAAAAGUCAGUUGAUAAAGAAAAAAAAAUGUCCUUAGGCAGAGAAAGCUGCAUGGAGUAUGUUAAGGCGAAGGAGACUCCUUGUGUUAUAAAGGAAACAGAGUGUGAUUUGUACUCAUCUUUCAGAACAGAAAUGACUUGUGACAGCAGGGAGAACUUGUGUUCUACAAAAAUUAAUGAAGACUCCUGUAACUUGGUCCCAAUGGAGAAUGUUGCUGAUGAUAGUGUUUCACUCACAGAGUCACAGGUAGAUAGUUCUAAAGUUGAAGCAGCUCCAUCAUUUAGCAAUUUUACUGAGAGUACCACAGAAAAUGAACCUGAAGAGCUACCCAUUAACAAAAUUGAAGUUGAAGAAUCUAGAAAUAUAGAUGAACCAACGGAAGGUCAAAGUAAUUAUUCAAAUUCAGAAAAUAGGCGAAUUUCAGAAAGAGACUCAGCCAACCAUAGCCCAGUUGAUCCAAUGCUAGCUAGUCCAUCAAUGUGUCACUUUUCAGACAAUCACAGUGAGGGCUCUAGUGACAGUGGAAAAGGCUGUUCAGAAGCAGCAAGCCCUCCGCCUACUAAUAUGAACAUUCUACCCUCUGAGGCUGGCUUAAGAAUACAUCAGUUUUUAAUACCACAGACUUUGGUUGGUCUUCUUAUUGGGAAAUCUGGUUCUUUUGUGACAUGCAUCAAAGCCAAAACCGGUGCAACAGUCUAUGUAAGAAGACAUCCAGAAUUGUCAAAACAAAAAAUUUGUGCAAUAGAAGGUACUCAAAGUGAAAUAGAGGCAGCUUUAGAAAUGAUUAAGGACAAAUUCCCUGAAAAAAGGUUUCCCAACUUUACCACACAAGAAAUCAGUGCAGAAUUAUAUCAAAGGCUGGCACCUUUAGUACCAGAAUAUCUUCAAUUACAGCUAGUGGAAUCGGUGAACAACGACACGAUACUGACGUGUCUGGUGAGCGCAGGCCACUUCUUCCUGCAGCAGCCCCUACACCCGACCUUCCCUUCGUUGCAUGUGCUCCACCGUCUUAUGGUCGACACGUAUCAAAACCCGGACGUACCGUCAUUGCCGCAACCGGUGAAAGAGGGUUCCAUUUGCGCGGCCCCGACUGAAAACAACUGGUAUCGCGCCCAAGUACUCUCGACAUCUGAGGAGACUGAAACCUCAGUAGUAAAGCUGGUGGACUACGGCGGUUACCUCACCGUCGACAACGAUCAAUUGAAACAGAUCCGCUCUGACUUCAUGACGGUGCCUUUCCAGGCUACAGAGGCUCUGCUAGCUUUCGUCAAGCCAGCUAAUAAUGAACCCGACUGGAGUAGCGAGGCGCUCCGUAUCAUGGCUGGACUGACCGCUGGACAAAUGUUGCACGCGCAAGUAGCCGGCUACGAUGAGACCGGUCUACCUCUAGUGCAUCUCUACCUUACUCUUAACCCACAGCAAGUGAUAUACCUGAAUAGAGAAUUAGUGGAGCGCGGUUUAGCGGAAUGGGAGGUUCCGGCUGACUCCUGA